UCUACACUGAUUCUCUUUCUCUUAGAGGAUAUCUCAAACUUGAUUACUAGUUAUCAAGGAGAUUGCAUACAAAGGAGCUUUUUUGUAGAAUAUUCCAGUCUUUGUUGUUGAGUGUUGGAGUUGGAGCAUUCCGAUAGUAAGAGCAUUCCCCAAGGGCGUUAGGAAUCAGAAUCAAACAAUUCCACUCAUCGUUAGCUUAAACCUGUGCAGCCUCGACACAGCUGCUCAUUUAUCUCUCGCUGGCACGCACGCACCCAAAUCAACUUAACUAGGGCUUGCCUUUCUCAUUUCUCACUGCACCCAUCGUUUCACUCUCCCAACUAGCUUCAAUGGACUACAGCUCUGAAGAAGAUUCUGAUAUCAGUGAAUCUGAGAUUGAAGAGUACGCAGAGAAACCAUAUGAACAGUUAAGGGCUGGGAAAUACAAGGUUAAAAAUUUGAAUGGAACUCUUAGAUGUCCUUACUGUGCUGGGAAGAAAAAACAAGAAUUCAAAUAUAAGGAUUUAUUGCAACAUGCAUCAGGAGUUGGUAAGGGUUCUGCUAACAGAAGUGCACAACAAAAGGCAAACCACCUUGCUCUAGCAAAGUAUUUGGAGACCGACCUAGCCUGUGAAGCAGAGCCAAUCCAGCGCCCAGCUCUACCCCAAGCUGUCAAUCAACCUUUACAUCAAGAAGAUCUUUAUGUUUGGCCUUGGACAGGUAUAAUUGUUAACAUAAAGGGAAAAUCUAUCGAUUCUGGAUAUUGGUUGAAGGAAUUUGCUAAAUUCAGACCAAUAGAUUUCCGUAUAUUCUUGAAAGAUGAUGACCUCAUUGCUGGGGCUGUGGUAGACUUCAACAACGACUGGAAUGGUUUCAUGAAUGCAAGUGACUUUGAGAAGUCAUUUGAAGCUGCACGUCAUGGUAAGAAGGAUUGGAAUUCAAGGAAAUUAGAAGCUGGCUCAAACAUUUAUGGAUGGGUUGCCCGGGAAGAUGAUUAUAAUUGUGGAGGGCCAAUAGGGGAAUACCUCCGCAACAAAGGAAGGUUGAGGACAGUUACAGAUAUUGUUCAAGAGGCAUCUGAAAGCAGGAAUAGUAUUGUGACAAACUUGACUAAUGAAAUUGAGAUUACAAACGAAAACCUUGAUAAAAUGCAAUAUAAGUUUAAUGAAAAGACCAUGUCCUUGAGUAGGAUGCUUGAGGAGAAAGAUAAGCUUCACAAUGCCUUUGAAGAAGAAUCAAGGAAUAUGCAGCGUAGAGCUCGUAAUGAGGUACGGAGGAUCUUGGAUGAACAAGAAAAGCUGAGUAGUGAAUUGGAGGAAAAAAAGCGGAAGCUUGAUUCCUGGAGUAGAGAUCUAAACAAACGUGAGGCCCUAACUGAUCAAGAGAAGAAGAAACUUGAAGAGGACAACAAGAAGAAAGAUCUGAGGAAUGAGUCACUCCAAUUGGCUUCAAAGGAACAAAAGAUAGCCGAUGAGAAUGUCUUAAGGCUUGUUGAAGAGCAAAAGCGAGAGAAAGAGGAGGCCUAUAACAAGAUACUUCAGUUGGAAAAACAGCUAGAUGCCAAACAAAAGUUGGAAAUGGAAAUUGAAGAGUUAAAAGGGAAAUUGCAAGUUAUGAAGCAUCUUGGAGAUGAAGAUGAUGCAGCUGUUCAGAAUAAAAUAAAAGAGAUGAAUGAUGAAUUGCAAGAAAAAGUAGAUAAUUUGGAAAAUAUGGAGGCCAUGAAUCAAACCCUCAUUGUGAAGGAGCGUCAGAGUAAUGAUGAACUGCAGGAAGCUCGUAAAGAAUUAAUAAAAGGGUUAGACGAUAUGCUGAAUGCUCCUAGAACUAAAAUUGGGCUCAAGAGAAUGGGAGAACUUGAUCAGAAGGUUUUUGUGAAUAACUGCAAGAAAAGAUUUCCUCUUGAAGAAGCUGGGACCAAAGGUGUCGAGCUUUGUUCUUUGUGGCAGGAAAAUGUGAAGAAUUCAGCUUGGCAUCCAUUUAAAGUGGUCACAGUUGAUGAUAAAGCAGAGAAUAUUAUAAAUGAGGAAGAUGAGAAGUUACGAAGCCUCAAGCAUGAAUGGGGAGAUGAGAUAUAUUCAGCUGUUGUUACAGCCUUAAAAGAAAUAAAUGAAUACAAUGCAAGCGGUGGGUAUACUGUUGUGGAGCUAUGGAACUUCAAGGAUAAUAGGAAGGCUACAUUGAAAGAAGUUAUCAAUUAUAUUAUGGAACAUAUCAAACCACUUAAGCGCAAGAGAGCUUAGGCAAAAGUCUUUGCAGGGGACAAAUGCCUGAUAGCUCAACGGGAAGAUGGAAGUAGCACAGUUUUCUUGGGCUUAUAUGAGCCAUUUGAAACAAGCUGCUGAAGAUAUGCGCAGAAUAUGAUAACAUGUCACCAAUAAUAGAUUUGAAUAUCUGUAAUCUGACAAAUUUCCCUAAAUACUAUGAAUCAAUUUCUCUGAGGUUGUGUCCGCGGAUUUUAUGUCAAUGGUUGCUGAUCUAUAUUUGUGUGGCUGAUUAAUGAGUAUUUAACCAAUUAUUAGUGAUUUUAGCCAUGAUAUAACUGACCAAUGUGGCUCAUUAGAGGGGGGAAAAUGUGUUUUAGUCCUUAUAUUUUUUUAUGAAACGUGGUCAAGGUCUCUACUUUUAGCGAAUGUAUUGGUGAUUUGUGGAUUGCAUUAGCCAAUAGAUAAGCCAUGGUUUUUAAAAA